CCUCGUCAACUAAGUUUCUUCACUCUCCACUUCAUAAUAUCAGCUUCCUUCUAAACAAUUAGAAAGAACAAAUUAUGCAUGUCUCCACAAACAUAAAGAAUAUUAGUUGUUUAAGGAAGAUAUAUUAUUUAGAAUAUUAAAUAUACCGGGAAAGUAAUUAUAUGUGUGUGGACGGGUACCCAUGAGGCGGGUUUACCUAAACCCAAACCCAACCCGACCCGGUGAAUAGUGUAGCAGGUUUAAACCCAAACCCGGCCCAAAAACCGUCAACACGGGUUUUAUCCGUGUUGACCGGGUUGGGUCGGAUGGGUACCCAUGGGUUCGGGUUUUGUUGCCAUCCCUAAGUAAUCCUCCAAACACCCGAAGCUUGUCAGAAUGCUAUUGGGCUAGAGAACAUAGCCCAACUUUGUUUUUACUUUUUACUCUCUCCUCUAUUAUUAUUUUUUUUAAUUUCUUUUUCCUUUUCCGGAUGGUGGUGGUUUCACUGGUUUGGGUUCUUGUGCGAAAUGUGCUACUUGUCUGCUGUCUAUUGUAUCCCAGCGGCCUGCAAACUGCAAUUGAGAUUGGUUGUUGUUGGUAAUUGGUAUCCGGCUUCCCUCCUCCUCGUCCUCCACAGAAGGCGAGGGAAGAUACCGAAAAACAGAGAGAUUGGUGAUGUGGGUAUUUGGGUAUGGUUCCCUGAUCUGGAAAGCUGGGUUUAACUACGACGAUCGCCUCGUUGGUUUUGUCAAAGGCUAUCGCCGCGUCUUUUACCAAGGCAGCACUGACCACAGAGGCACUCCAGAGUUCCCAGGAAGAACCGUCACUUUGGAGCCUGCUGAUGGCGAAUUUUGCUGGGGAGUUGCAUACAAGAUCUCGGGCAAAGAAGAUGAAGAUACUGCACUGACUCAUCUUGAAGUUAGGGAGAAGCAGUAUGAUGAGAAGGCCUACCUUGAUUUCUUCACCGAUCCAACAGCUACAACUCCUGCAAUUCCCGGUGUAAUGGUGUACAUAGGCUCUCCAGACAAGAAGAGAAACACAAACUACUUGGGGCCUGCACCCAUGGAAGACAUAGCCAAACAAAUUGUUGAAGCUGAAGGCCCCUCGGGACCUAACAGAGAAUACCUUUUUAAACUGGAAGCAGCGCUUCUUGAGAUUGGAUGCAAGGACAAACAUGUCAUGGAACUUGCAAGCAAAGUACGAGCAAUUCUUUUGGAGAAUGAAUGAUCGACUCAAAGCUGCUUCUCUCCACAUUUGUUUUUACCCUAAAUUAAAAGGAGUUUGUAGGUCGGUAUAUGAGUGUUAUAGACCCCUGAGCCGGUAUUGGCUGAUAGAUAUGCUGCCUCGAGCCGUUGAAUUUUUUGGUGGGCAUUUUACUUUACGGGUGGCUUGGAUGAUGAAAUAGGGCGAUUGAUCCAUGGAAAAUGGUUUAAAUUCCAUGCAAACCGGAAAAAGAAUGAUUUGUUUGUCCAUGUUUUAAAGCAACUACCGAGUCCACAUUCUAUGGAGAUUGGGUUAAUAUUUCAUGGAGGGAGAGGAUCUCACCAUCUGAUAUCGAGUUCAAAAAUUGUUGACGAAGCUUUUGCUUUCAACACUUUGAAGAGCUGGUUGUUUUCAUUACAUCUCGAGCUUAUAUAGUCAAGUUUUGUGGUUACAAGCCACCGUUCAGUUUAGGCGAAACUUGGGAAUGAAGUAAGUACAAGCCG